UCUGCGCGCGCGAACACGCAUGUCACGCGCAUCGCUCAUCUGCGUGAAAAUCGAUACGAAAAACUGCGCGAAAAUCUUGUACACUGCCUAAAAAGUAACUAUUAUUCGCGCAUCCGUUGAAAUUUUUAAGAGUCGCUAAUUGAAACCUUGAGUACUUAUCGAGUGCAAAAACGCAUAAAUCCUUACGUUAAGAGACUAUAAGUGCUCUUUCAGUAUGGAAAUAUUUAUGUUAUAAUUUUAUUUUAUUUUAUUUUAAACCUAACUUCUAAAAUUGACGAAGAGAAAACUUUAUUCGGACAUAAAUCUUUGCACAUCGUGCUUACGUAUUAGACUACCUGAAUACCUCGAGCUAGACCUUACUUCCAUACGUAAGUAGCCAUUAACGGCAUUCUAACAUCGGUCAAGACCAGCAACUUGUGAAGAACCGCGGCAUUUCCCGAACAGACUAAGUCUAUCGAGCUUAUCAAGACUAUUCAAUAAAGUGUUAACGCGUCUAUAUUAAAUGAGUAAAGUGAUCAAUGACAAUCAGCUAUAAAACUUUGCCACCAAUAGUCAAAGUUAAUAAUAAUAUAUCCUUGUUAAGUGAUCUUUGUUUUUUUAAAACGUACAAGACGUGGAAAAGAAGUUACCAACUUCAAGACCGAAACAAGUUAAUAAGUUCCAAAAAUGGCGGAAAAGGCACCAGGGGUGGACUGCGACGCCCUGAUGAAGGAGCUGGGGCAGUUCCGGCGGUUCCACCUCCUCAACUACUUCCUGAUGGCGCUGGUCAGCUACACGGCUGCUCACUACGCCAUGAACUACGUGUUCCUCGCUGCCGAUGUGCCCUACAGAUGCGUAGUCCCCGAGUGCGAAGCCCCGAACAGCACCGACUUCAGCGCAGCCUGGACGGCGGCAGCCCUGCCCGAGCACGGCCGAGCGCACCGAUGUUCCCGCCGGGUCCCGCUCGACCCCACCCUCCCCUGCGAGGCGAACAGCGCGUUCACUGAAGAUGUAGUAACCUGCGACCAGUGGCUGUACGCUUCCGCUAAUACCAUCGUCACUGAGUUCAACCUGGCGUGUCAGGAGUGGAAGCGGACGCUGGUGGGCACCAUCCACAACAUCGGCAUGCUGGUCUCGCUGCCCAUCCUCGGCUACGUCUCCGACCGUUGGGGCCGUAAAACAGCACUGAUCUUGUCAUGCGUGCUCGUGGGGGCCAUCGGCUCUCUGAAGGCCUUCUCCAUCUCCUACGAGAUGUACGUCAUUGUGGAGUUCCUGGAGACGGUAGCUGGUGCGAGCGCGUUCCCUGCUGCCUUCAUCAUGACGAUCGAGCUCCUCGGCCAAGAGAAGCGAGUCUUAACCACUGCCUUCCUUGGCAUCAUGCUCGUCAUCGGCGGCCUGAGCUUCGCGCUCCUCGCCAAGGCGUUCCAGUACUGGCGCACCUUCAUCCUCGUUGUCUAUCCACCUUCUCUCCUCUUCCUUCUUUAUAUAUAUUUCCUCCCAGAAAGCAUUAGAUGGCUUCUCUCUAAAGGCCGUAAGGAAGACGCUUUAGAAAUAAUCACCAAAGCAGCGAAGAUGAACGAUAUAACUCUUUCGGAAGACACGAUUAAACAGCUUCAAGCAGCUAAAGAGCCUGUGGAAAAGAAGGAAGAAGAAGUAGGAUUAUGGAUGCAAGUGUUCAGAUCUCCAAUCAUCAUGCGGCGCCUAGCGAUCUGCUCGUGGUGGUGGAUCACUUGCACGUUCGUGUUCUACGGGCUCGCCAUCAACUCGGUGUCGCUGGCGGGCGACAAGUACACCAACUACAUGCUGGUGGUGUCCGUGGAGGUGAUCGCGGUGGUCACCAACGCGCUAGUGCUGGACCGUAUCGGGCGCAAGCGGACGCUGCUCAUCGCGUAUAUUGUUUGUGGGAUUUCUUGCGUUGCCAUCGCUUUUGUGCCUCCUGCGAUGUCAUGGCUAGCGACACUGCUGUACCUGGUGGGCAAGAUCGCCAUCACGCAAGCCUUCAGCGGCGUAUAUAUGUACACAUCAGAGCUAUUUCCCACGCACGCGCGCCACAGUUUGCUGGGAUUCUGCUCUAUGGUCGGCAGACUUGGCUCUAUCGUGGCUCCACAAAUGCCUUUACUGGCAAUCUACGUAGAGUGGCUUCCAUCGGUCCUGUUCGGCAGCACAGCACUAGUGGCAGGCGCUCUCAUGCUGACGACGCCAGAAACCCUCAACACUCGUUUACCUGACACCAUUCAAGAGGCUGAAGAACUUGCCAACCAACAUAAGAAGCCUGAAAACUUAGAGAUGAAAGCUUGCUAGCGCCUUCACUCUUCAGAACAGCUCUUACUAACGCCGGAGACCAACACACAGUUACCAAUACACCAUACAAGAUGUUGAACUUGACAACCAACCAAAGAAGCGCGCGCGCGCGUUAUCCACAUUUAUCCACGUGAUAAAACAACUGUCACUUUUUAACUCUGCGGGAUAGAAAGAGACGGACACCAUUUUAUCACGCUGUCACGUAGACAAAUACGACCAUCAUAUCCGUACUGAUGUACAGUUAGGAGUGUCGCUGUUUGGUGCAUCUUAUGUUUGGUCUUAGUGUUGUUCGUUAAGUAUCAUUGUGACGUAAUUUAUUGUGAUUUAAUUAAGGGUGACACUUCGCUUCGCUUUGACGAAUAGGUACAUAGUUUAAGCAAGACAUAUAGAUAAUAAGCUCAAUGUUUCUCUCUUUUCUAUACAAUAUAUAUUUUUAUAGAGUUCUCUGUCCAGCUAAGUGAGAUGCCACCCUACUAGGGAAUGCAAAUCGGUUAUUUUUUAUAUGGAAAUAAUCGGUUUUUAACCGAAACCGCGGUUAUUUCCAUACAAAAAAUAACCGAAUUGCAUUCCUUACACCCUACUCUAGGUAUUUAAGUAUGACUUGCGUACAAAGUUAUGUUAUCCAUUAGUUUUACAAUAAUUUAAGACAAAAGUUUAUAUAUCUGCUGUGUAAAUACACUUUCUUUUACAA